AUGCUUUCAGCAACAUGGGAGGAAGGGCGCUUCAACCCGACUCUGCGCUCCAACCUGUUCCGAGGCCUUUCUCGCAUUAUUCUCACUAUGGCACGAGUUCCACUACCUAAGAUUGGAUCUUUCUCUAUUGAUGAUGACGGCUAUUUAAAAUUGAACAACCGGCCUCUUACCAUGGAAAUCCAACAAUUGGAAAACGAAAGAAUUCCAGUGAAUAUACACCGGGGCACGACACAUCUUGGUAUAGAAUCUUUUAUUCACGACGCUCUUUCUCUACACGAAAGUCGUCUUCGCUAUCAGCCAAACGCACUCAACAGUCGUGAAGACGGACUCUAUCAAGCGUCUGCACUAAUGGUCAUGAGAAGCAUCUGGCCUUGUCUCUUUAGCCGGGAGCUUUUUCGGGGGCCUUUUCUUUUCAACCUCACAGAUCUCAACCAAAGCAAUAUCUUUGUUGACAAUGAUUGGAAUAUUGUACGGCUAAUAGACCUUGAAUGGGCUUGUUCUCAACCUGCUGAGAUGAUACAUCCUCCAUACUGGUUAACAAACCAAGCCAUCGACUUGAUCGACUCAAGUGAAUAUGAGGCCCUCCACACCGAAUUCAUGGACAUAUUUGCGGAGGAACAGAGGAGUUCCGACCCUUUCCAACUGUAUCCGACAAUGAAGAAAGGACUCGAGAAUGGCACGUUCUGGUAUUCUCUUGCUCUUACGAGUCCUUCAGCCUUUUCCACAAUUUUUUAUGACCAUCUUCAGCCUAAGUUUACAAAUGGUCAUGGUAUAACCGAGUUUUGGAGCAUCACGAUGCCAUAUUUUUCCUUAGAUACAGCCGCCUUGAUUCAGCAAAAGGUUAAAGACAAAGAGAGAUAUGACGUUUCUCUACAAGAAGCAUUCCGAUGCUAG